AAAGAACGAAAUGGUGUUCACGCUGUGGUUACCUGACGAAAACUGAUUGUAUUAUAACCUCGACAAGGAGUUUGUAAAAGUAGAAACUAUUGUGAAGAAUUUCUUGUUUUAAUCACAUUUGAAAAAAAGACAGCACAAUGUCUUUCCGCUUAUAUUCAAUUUUGAGAAGAAUACAGAAAACACAUGGUAGAAAGUUCAGUACGGCUGUUGAAGUAAACGAAAAAGAACAAGUGAGCCAAGUAUGCUCCUUUCGCACUGUUGAAAACAAUCCAGCUAAUCAUAAUGCUGAUCACAUUGCGAGAUUGUAUACAAUACCACCGGACAUUCAGCAACAAGUCUUUCAGUAUGGUGGUUUAACUAAAGCAUUCAGCGAACAAAUCACUACUUUUCAAGAGUGCUCUAUACUAGUCAGGCAACCGGCAGUUGAAAUUAUAUCUUACCUGCAUCAGACAGAUUAUACAAGACCUGUCAACAAGUAUGUGUUAUAUGGUAAAUAUGGAACAGGAAAAAGUAUGACAUUAACUCAUAUAUCGCACUAUGCUUUUGUUCAGGAAUUUAUACUCGUUCACACAUGUUGGGCACGAAAUUGGUUUAAAUAUCCAAAGGAAGUCGCAAAUUCAUCGUUAUCUCCAGGCUGUAUAGAUCUACCGAUUGACGCUGGAGCGUGGCUAAAACAUUUCAAAUCUCAAAAUUUGAAAUUACUCUCAAAGUUAGAUCUCAAAGUAUCCAAGGAGUAUAUAUGGAAUCAACGCGAAUUGACAGCCCAAGGUACACCCAUUUUAGAACUCAUCGAAUUCGGUAUAAAUCGUCUCAAAUACGCCUGUGGCGUAGUGGACGCGCUGAUAAAGGAGCUGAAGAUAGCCAGCACUGCGGGAAAGUGCAAGACAAUGGUCAUAUCGGAUGGAUUCAAUGCGUUCACAUCUAAUUACACGCGCGUCCGCGACGAAAAUAAAGCGAUGGUUUUGCCAGAGAAAAUCACGUUGGCGACGCCGUUCUUCAAUAUUACGCAGGAUGACUGGUGCAACGGAGCAGUUGUACUGACAGUAGAUGAGAAGGCAAAUAAAGAAAGACGAGAGUCGUAUUUUCCCAGAUACCUACUCGGUAAAGAAGGCUUCGAGCAUUUGGACCCCUUUGUACCCGUUCUGGUCGAAGAUUACAACGUUGCUGAAUUCGAGAGCAUGAUGGAAUAUUACAAAGAACGAAAAUGGAUAAGAAAUAUAACGCCCAGCGGGCAGAGAGAAAUAGAAUUACUCACUAAUAAAAAUCCGCUUAUUUUGAGGACACAUUGUGCAGCUUUGUAGAGUUGUAAGUGGACAUAAAGAUUAUAUAAUAAAACAUCUGAUGAACGUUUUAGCACA